AUGUCUGGCAUCAACAUCAGCACACUUCCCCGCAUGUCGCGAGAAUCCCUGGCUUCUCUAAUCAAAGACAAGAAUCCCUCCAUGGCCGUCAUCGACGUCCGCGAUAGUGACUAUAUCGGCGGCCACAUCAUCGGAGGCCAUAACAUUCCCACCAACACCCACGACUACGCGAUGCCUGAAUUAGUGCGCACAUUGAAAGAUAAAGAAACCGUGGUGUUUCAUUGCGCGUUGAGUCAACAGAGAGGUCCAUCAGCAGUAUUGAAGUAUCUGCGGGAGAAGGAGAGGAUGGAAGCGAGUAAUGGCGAAGCGGAAAAGGCAGAAGUGGUGGAGGGGAAACAAGGGAAAGAAGGUGUUAAGGUCAAGGGGCAGACUGUGUAUGUGCUUGAGGGUGGGUUUGUCAAGUGGCAAGAACUGUGA